AUGCUCGCGCUCUGCUUCGGCGCUCCUAAACCCACGUGUCUGCGGCUCGCCACUGCGCCGCUCAUGAGCGCCGUGCCAGAGCUGAUCAUGACGCCCGAGAUGCUCGCCAAGCGGCAGGCGCGGCAGCGGAAGCGAGAGAAGGCGGCGAGUCCAGAGGGCAUGGCGGCGGCGGCCGCCGCCAAUUCUGCCGAAGUCGAGGCAAAGAGGGAGGCGCGCCGGGCGCGCGACGCUGCCGACGCCGCCACGCUUCGCAAGUGGGCCGUGCGAGACGGCCAGGGCAGUCCGUGUGAGCUGAUCGACAUCGGUGCCAACCUCAUCAAAACCAAGGGCGACGGCGCUGUAGAGGAACAGCUCCAGCGGUGUGAGCUGACUGGCGUCGGAGGCGUCAUCGUCACAGGCACCUCGGUCGUGGACAGCCGCCGGGCGCUAAAACUAGUCCGCAGCACUGCCGCGCACGCAGUCAAGCUGUACUGCACCGCCGGCGUGCACCCGCACGACGCGAAGAGCUGUGACGAGGAGACAAUCGGCGUGCUGCGCGAGAUGCUUCAGGCGCCCGAGUGCGUGGCGGUGGGCGAGUGCGGCCUCGACUACGACCGCAUGUUCUCGCGGCGUGAGGUUCAGCUCGAGUGGUUCGAGCGGCAGGCUGUGCUGGCGGUCGAGCAGGGGAUGCCACUAUUCCUGCACGAGCGCGACGUGGACGCAGACAAGGGCGCGCCGCUCGGCAGCGCCGCGGACCUGAUGGGCAUCCUCGACCGAGCGGGCGUCCCUCCCAAGCGGGUCUGCGUGCACUGCUUCACCGGCGGCGAGGAGCGGGGCGCGCGGGUGCGGGAGUUUCUGCGCGCCGGGCUCUUGCCGCUCGAGCAGCUGAUGCUCGAGACGGACAGCCCCUUCAUGAAGCCCGACAAGGCGUCCCUGCCCAACGUCAGCCGCCUGAAGCGAGGGCCGAAUGAGCCGUGCAACAUGCCUGCCGUGUGCCGCGCGGUCGCAGAGUGCCUGUCUGUGCCGGCGCACGAGGUGGCGGACGCGCGAGUGGUCUGUACGGCUGCGGUCAAUGGGGAUAGCUCGUCGAUCCUGCUCCUUGACCUCCUCCCCCUGGUACGUCUCUCGCAAGUAGCCCGCAAAGUGCUCCCAAUUGGGCGGGUUCUCCCCCCCCUGUGCUACUCGCGGGUGAUCGGCUACCACGGUGCGGGCGACGACGUGCUGGCCAUCGCGCCCAGGGUGGUGGGCGGCGACCACCGCAUACCGUCCUACAGCGGGGACUAUCGCUACGCCAGGGAAGACAAGGACGUUGACGUGCAGCUGCUGCUGUUCGAAUCGUUCGGCGGGUUCGGGAGGGGGGUCCGUGAGAUCCUCCGCCAGGCGGCGGACGUGCUACAGAACAAGCUGACGCGGGCCCAAUACCUCGAUGAGGAGAAGAAGUUCACCGUCAUGCCGCUGCGCUUCGGCAUCAACCCGUCGGUCACCACGUCGGGUGGCUCGGUCAGCUUCUCUCCCGAUAUAGCGCUCGAGGGCGGCUGGUUCGGCUGGGAGAAGGAGACGUACGCUUCAUACGGCGGCGGCGAGGAGGAGUCCAACGUGGCGGGUCCGGGCGAGGUCGGAGAGCGCGGCGCACAGGCGCAGGGCGAGCUGCUGGCUGUCAACGAGAAGCCGCUGGGUGAGACGGCGGCGCUCGUCGGCGGCGGCAUCACGGCUACCGCGUCGGCAGUGGAUCACGCAGCAGCGAGCACGCUCCUUGCGACCUGGGAGGCGCCUGGAAAGGUGGUUGGGGCCGAGGUCGCCUCGGCAACAUUUGGGCCGCCCAUCGGCCUCGUGAGCACCGUGGCUGGCACUGUCAGCGCACAGAUUUUCACGUCGGAUCCACCGCCGCUGCCGCCACCGCAGUCGCCGCCGUUGCCGCCGGCAUCGCCGCCGCCACCCAGACCACCGCCCGGGCCCCCUCCUUCGCUGCCGCCGCCUUCGGCGCCGGCCUCCAACAACUGGUGGGGCUGAUCCUCGGCUUUCUCCGAUAUGUGAGAUGAAUGCUAUGGGUCCCGAGUACGGGUUCGGGACGUAUUCACACCAGUGUGAAGGUAGGGGAUCCUGGAUUACUUCCUUCGGUGUGUUUCUUUUUCCCAGGGGAGUGUGCGUACGUCCCAGUAUGGAUUGGUGGUGCGUCAUGGUGAUUGC